CUCGCAUAAUCGGUUCGGGGUAGUGAGCAUCUGAUUCGUACUUCUUCUUCACAUCUGGACGAAGUGCGGGAAAUUUGAUCGUUGGUGUAUUUUGUGAUAUCGUUUGCUCUGAAAGCAUUGGAAACAUUUGUAAUGUCUGUAUGGAGUGUCGUGCAAGACGUGCCUCUAGAUUUAAGUUGUCGUGGCUCUGAAAGAAAAAUAAGUCUGAUGACCACCCCGAAGUUUCAAAGGUGUCUGCUUUGUCAGACGUGCGGCAAAAACUUUGACAGGCCUUCGUUGCUCAAGAGGCACCUGCGAACACACACAGGUGAAAAGCCACACGGUUGCGUCGUGUGUGGUAAAAUGUUUAGUACGAGUAGCUCCCUGAAUACACACGUCAGGAUUCAUACUGGAGAACGGCCACACGAGUGUCCUAUUUGUGGGAAACGGUUCACUGCUUCCUCGAAUUUGUAUUAUCAUCGAAUGACUCACUACAAGGAAAAACCACAUAAAUGCAACGUGUGUGGUCGCUCCUUUCCAACCCCUGGCGAUCUGAGGGCUCAUGGUUAUUCCCACACUGGUAACUGGCCGAUGAGAUGCACGGUCUGCAAUCGUGGAUUCUGUAAACCUGCAGCUUUGCAUCAUCAUAUGCAAUUACACACUGGAGAUCGGCCAUAUCGCUGUGACAUAUGCAAAAAGCAGUUUUCCAUGAUUAGCAACUUACGAUCUCACGAACGAUCUCACACUAUCUCGAUCCAAAGUGUCGUCAAUCGUGCAAACAUGGAAGGUAAUAGAACAUCUACGAACGCAAUUGGUUUUGAGAAUGCAAGCAGAAAUUAUUUACAAUUACCUCCAGCCUAUUCGUGGACUUCUUGGCUACCUCUGAUAGGGAAUAAUAAUCAAUAA